UUCCGGGAGGAAGGGUUGAUGACGUCUGUAGCAUCCUUAAUGCGACUUAUGAAAAAGGCAAGCCACAGGAUUCAUGAAUAAAAAUCCGAGGGAAUCGGAGCGCAGAGCAAAAAGUUUCGGCUAAAGAUAAUAUGUAGACAAAUGUUUACACUCCUUUUCACGGAGCUUUGUUUGCACAGAAACUUGAUAAUUGCUUAUUGUAUAUAAGAGUGUAGAGGGUGGACACAUUGACGGGCACAUAAGGAAACGGCGGAGGCGCUUCAGAGAAGUAGUGCCGUGAGAAAGAUUUUAUCUCAUUCUCACAGUCGCAGCCUCACCCGGAUCGCAUCCAGCUCUCCUCUCUACUCUGCAAUAGAAUGGCAAUGUCUAGAAAAGCGACUUUAGCAUUACUCAUCUACGGAAUCAUAAUGCACUACAGCGCCUACUGUUCACCCAUCGGGCUUAGCUACCCUAAUGUUAGACUUGAAAAUGAGGUUUACGACGAGGACGGAAACUCGUUACCCGACUUGGCUUUUGACAGUGAUCAAAUUGCAAUACGAAGCCCUCCAUCAGUCAUUGACGACGUGUACACGUUAUACUACCCACCGGAGAAGAGAACGGAAAGGCACGCUGACGGAAUAUUUAAUAAGGCCUACAGGAAGGUGCUGGGUCAGUUGUCAGCAAGGAAAUAUCUACAAUCUGUGAUGGCAAAGCGUGUAGGUGGAGGCAGCAAUAUGGAAGACGAUACAGAGCCUUUAUCCAAAAGGCAUUCGGAUGGGAUCUUCACAGACAGCUACAGCCGCUACCGAAAACAAAUGGCUGUCAAGAAAUAUCUGGCAGCGGUCCUGGGGAAAAGCCCUGAAGACUUAAAUUUUCACCAUAUUCUACAAGACAUAAACUUUGAUGCCCUCCCGGAUGGGGAUGAGUUUGAGGCUAUUUUGGGAGACUGGCUGAAACAGUUUUCUCCCGAAUUUCCGGUGAGUUCCAAGGCUCCUUUUUCCAAGGCCUGUCUGGAGGGAUCUCGUGGUCCCUCCCCCUCUCCUCACCUCAGCUUCACCCUAUUAUCCUCCACUCAAAAUAUACAAUCUAAAUCUCCUUCUUUCCUGGUCUGUGCUUCUGUUUUCCUGAAAAGAUAUAAAACAUUAUCUAUAUUUCCCUACAUAUGUGUGUAUACUAUAUAUACAUAUAUAUGUAAUAUAUAUGUAUAUGUAUAUAAAAUUCCUUCUAAAUCUCCUCACGAUUCUUUCAAACUGUGGGCUAUUGUGUCAAUAUCAAAUACAUAUUUUAAAGUUACAUUAAAGAAAAUUUGAUGGGGAAAGCAAAUGGGAUAGCUGGAAUGAAUUAUUAUAGUUUAUUUUUUGGUAAGCUUUCCCAUAAUACAUUCUCCAAAGAGAGAAAAGUUGCAGAACCAAAGGAACCAAGUGAAAUACAAAGACCAUUCCUGUGUUUCUUUUAAUCUAAGCUCUUAGAAGAAUAUGCUUUUAGUCCUUAAAUUUGAGCAAAGUAUCAUGUGUUACUCUCUAGUGCUAUUCGUGUGUUGAAGAAGCUCAAGAAAAACCUUGAGGGCAUUUAAGGUUUUUCAUGUCUAUCUCACCACAUAAAAAGUAUUGCAGUCACAUGCUCUGUCUCCUAAAAUGGUGGGAGGCACAGCUAAAAGACUCAAUUGCUGAUUUUUCAAAAGAGAAGGAAGAAAAAUGUACUUUUUAUGUGGGGUUUUAUUGUUUGUUUUGUUGUAAUAUCCUAAAAAUCACCCCAAACAAUUUUAGGACUUCCGUGUUUAUCUUCCUGCUCUUGCUAUUGUGCCUCACUUUCUUGUCAUGUGAAACAGAUGUAAAGUUAGAGUGGAUCAUUAAAGUAGUUGUAAUAGCCUCAAAAUCAGUGCAAUCUAAAGCACUCACAAUUUCCUGCUCACUGAUUUUGAUUAUAUAUUGCUGUGUUCACUGUGGUAAUUGUUGUUUUCUUUGGUUUUUUGUUGUUUUCCAACUUUACUUUUCAAUUUAAUGUUGAAUGUGAAUUUAACUUCCUGUCUUCAUAUCUAUGUGCAAAUGGGUCUGAUUACUGUUUUACACAGGCUUCAGUGACAAUAUAGAGUUUCAUUGGCUGGCUCACUGAGUCAUUCCAGACACACAAGUUGUAAAUGAUGACAUGUUUAUAAACAAACGAAACACCUGGAACUUAAGUGAUUUUAAUGUAGAUAUUUUAGUAACCUGUUUUAUUCAUUUUCUUUUCUUUUCUUUCUUUUUUUUUGAGCCGACGCGGCCAUCUUCGAAAUAGUGACAUAUAUCAUCAAUACAGAAUAUAAAGGCGAAACCCUCAACAUUUAUACAUUUCUCCUUACCGAGCAAGAUGGAUAUAUUGAGAUGUAUUUUCUUGUAUAGUUUUCUAUUAUUUAUCUACUAAAGGUUCAUCAAGUAGUCUUUAUUUUAGAUGAUGAAAGAGAGAAAGAAAGGGAGAGAGAAAGAGAGCGUGUGUGUGUGAAAGAGAGAGAUGGGGGUGAGGUCAAAAUAAAGAAAGAAUAAGAAAAAAAAAACAGGCUAGAAAGAGACUGUGACAGAUCGAUUUUAUGGAUGGACAACCUGGCUACAACAGCGACAGGG